AUAAAAACCCUCAUCAACUUCAUUCUGAAGCAUUCCCACUUCCCACACAAGAAAGCAAGUCUCUUUUCAUUUCUUUUGGCAAAUGGUGAAGAAGCUCAUUAACAAGCCCAAAAGAGAACUCAAAGAGAUACUGAUCUCUCAUCUCUAAGACACAAACAUUUGUGUGCGUGCUCUCUCGUAACUUCUGUCAUAUCCUCCAAUGGCUUCAACAACUGAACCCAAAGGAGAAAUCCAAGAAGUAUCUGAAGAUGUUUCUACUGAAACUCUCAAAUACAAGACUUGGGUAUUGAAGGUCUCCAUUCACUGUGGUGCUUGCAGCAAGAAGGUCACCAAAAUCUUGAAGAAAAUUGAUGGGGUUUACAUUACACAGGUCGACUAUUUGCAGCAAAAAGUGACGGUCAUUGGGAAUGUGGAGGCUGAAACUCUGAUCAAGACACUGACCAAGAAAACAACGAAACACGUUGAGUUGUUGUGGCCUGACCCGAAAGACAAUUCCAAAGACAAGAAACAGAGUAAACCCAAAGGCAAUGAGAAACAGAGUGAAAUCUCCGAGGAAGCAAAAGCAAACCACGGCGGCGGCGGCGGAGAUAAGAAAAAGGGUAAAGAGCCGGUGAAGGAUGAAGUUGUUGAAGUGCAAGAGUCUGGUGGGGGUAAGAAGAACUUUGAAGUUGGUAGUUCUAGCAAUAGUAAAGGUGUUGAGGAAGGUAAUGUUGUCAAACCACAUGAGGGUGGCGGCGGUGGUGGGGAAGGAAAAUUAAAGGAGGCACAGACUGGCAGCUUGCCCAGCCAGUCACAGCCGGCGGCGGCUGAAAAGCAGAGUGGGGGUGUUGAGAGUGAAGCUGUGGGGGAGACAAGUGGAGGUGGUGCUGGCAGUGGCAGUGGUGGUGGGGGUGGGGGUAAAAAGAAAAAGGGCAAGGGGCAGAACGGGAAUCACAAUGUCAAUGCUGCUGAAGGUGAACUGGUUGUCAAUGCACCAAGCACUGAUUCACCACCACCGGUUCAGCCCGGGCCUCAGCCUCAGCCUCAGCCUCAUGGGCCGCCUAAUGUUCAGAGCCAAGUGCCCAAUGUGCAGAGGCCUAUUCCAGUUCCAGCCUCUCAUGGCCCGCCACCUCAGCAGCAGGUGUAUGAGCACCCGUACUACCCAAGGCAGCAGCAGCAGUAUGAGCAUCCUUACCCAAGGCAGCAGCACUAUGAGCACCCUUACCCAAGGCAGCAGCAGCAGUACUUUGCUCCUGUGCAUGCGAUGAACUACAAUGCGGCACACCCCAGCAUUAGCUACGGUGCGGCUCGCUAUGCUCCACAACCUGUUUAUUCUCAGUCGCACACUUAUGCACAUUGGGGUUUGGGGAAUCAGGUUGAUCCACCAGCCUAUGAUUUGGACAACCUUCCACCUGCGGUGCCAUCCCAUCCUCCACAGGUCUAUCCACCACAUCCUUACUAUUCCUCUGAUUCCGAUAACUAUGCAUUCUUCAGUGAUGAAAAUCCAAAUGGGUGCAGUAUCAUGUGAGGCCUUGGUGGUGCAAUGGGGGCGUAAGGGACAUGAGGUGUAUGGAGGGAAGCCUAUAUUGCUCGUAUAAGUGAUCAAGUGCAUUGGGGAUGGUCUCUGUUGUGGUAUCAAGUACAGUGGAUAUGGUAAGAUGAUGAUGUUUAAUCUGGGGGGUAAGGGGAAGAAUAAACUUGGGGUUUAAGGGGCUUCAGCUUUAGCUUAAUCUAGUGCUUUUUAGUAUGUAGCUCUGAGGACUAAUGUAUGCCUUUAAUUUUAGUUGGUAACCAAAUUGUAACUAAUGCCUUUUCUGAUGGAUUAAACUAUUAAUUGGAUUUGGCAUUUGGGUUGUUAUGA